GUCAUUUUCUUGUCAAAGUGCCACUGAAACAGUGAAGUGGUACGAGGAGAGCUAUUGUGGUUUUUACAUUUAUUGGCACAACAAUAGUUAGUAAAAUGGCAGAACCUUUGACGGAAAUACCGCUAAACAUCGAGGAAACUGUUAAAGAUGCUGUGAAAAAUGUUACGGAUAAACCACCAACGAGUAUCGAAGGCAUUGCGAUCGCCUACUUGAGUUUGGUCAUUAUGGCUGUCUUACCCAUAUUUUUCGGCUCCUUUCGGUCUGUUAAAUACCUCAAGGAGCAAAAGGAAUCAGGGGAGAGGCACGAGACAAUGUCCAACAAAGAUGCUUUGAUGUUCCCACUGAUAGCCUCCUGUGCUCUAUUCACACUUUACAUCUUCUUCCAAUUCUUCUCCAAGGAGUACAUUAACCUCCUUCUAACAGGAUACUUCUUUUUCCUUGGUGUGUUGGCAUUGAGUCAUCUUCUUAGCCCUAUUAUAGCACUGGUGGUCCCCGCGUCCAUCCCCAACAUGCCGUACCACAUACAUUUUACGCGCGGCGAUGGCGACGCGCGCUCCGACAUCAUCAACUACAAGUUCACCUCCUAUGACGUCAUCUGUCUGCUCAUUUCACUAUGCCUCGGCGCUUGGUAUCUACUCAAGAAGCACUGGAUCGCCAACAAUCUGUUCGGUAUCGCUUUCGCCAUCAACGGUGUGGAGCUGCUGCACCUCAACAAUGUGGUGACAGGCUGCAUCCUGCUCAGCGGUCUCUUCCUCUAUGACAUCUUCUGGGUGUUCGGCACCAACGUCAUGGUAACCGUCGCCAAGUCAUUUGAGGCGCCUAUCAAACUGGUGUUCCCGCAAGACCUGCUGGUGAACGGCCUGAGCGCGAGCAACUUCGCGAUGCUGGGGCUGGGCGACAUCGUGGUGCCCGGCAUCUUCAUAGCGCUGCUGCUGCGCUUCGACAAGUCGCUGCGGCGCGGCUCCGAGCUCUACUUCCGCGCCACCUUCCUGGCCUACGUGGCCGGGCUGCUGGCCACCAUCCUCGUCAUGCACGUGUGGCGCCACGCGCAGCCCGCGCUGCUCUACCUCGUGCCCGCCUGCCUCGCCACGCCGCUCACGCUGGCGCUGCUCAAGGGCGACAUCAACGCGCUCUUCAACUACGAGGACCAGGCGGCGGUGUCGGAGGCGGAGGACAAGGCCAAGAAGACUGAGUAGAGCGCCGCGCGCCCUCCGCCCCCCGCCCCCCGCCCCCCGCCGCACAAGUACAUGCAUACAGACAAACUUUAUAUUAUUAUUAUUUACUGGUGGGAUAAUUGGAACGGUAUUUGCUUGAAUUUGACGUGUGUAAAUUGUGCGAUUUUAUUUGAACUUCCAUAUUUAAAUAUCUUCCAUUCAUUAUAUGAUUAUCAUAUACAUUUUUAUGACAAAUGUUCAAAUAUUCGAAAUGUAAUUAAAUAUGCGCAUAAUAGAUGUAUUUUUUUUAAAUUUUUUAAAUCGUUUUCCUUUUCAGAGUUUUUUUAUUUUCACAAUCAUUGUAUAUAUUGUAUUUUGUUUAGCUUCGUGUAAAUCUUAGCUGAUUAAGUUUUAUAAUUUUGUUAUCUGUACCUUGAAUGUUACCAAUCUAUACAUUUCCGUAGCAAAUCUUUUAUUGUAUUAACUUUGUGCUGUCUCAUAUAGUUGUUUCCAAUUGGUAUACAAACCCUGGUUUAAUGUUAGAUGUCACAAGGCAGACGAACUUUGAUGAUCGAUCGGUGUACGACUUAUACUUAAUAAAUGUAUUAAAAUUA